AUGGCGUGGAUAAACUACAGAGGGGUAAGCGACAUUAUCAACUCUGAUACAUCCACCGAGUCAAGUGCGGACAGUAACAUACUAGAAUCGAGACUCUUCGUUACUGCUCCAAUGUCGCGUGCACAGAGCCCUACUCGUGAGCAAACGCUCACUCUAGCAAUAUUAGCAGACAGAAUGAUCCAAAUGAUGGACGCAAUAACUGAACUAAAAAACAAAAUGGAAUCAAUAACGGUUGAACAUCAGAAUCCAACGCGACUUCAACAACCGAGCGAAAUAACACCAGAAACUUUCGAAUCAGAAACUGUCGAAGCACCUAUAAAGAAUUAUAAUAAAGCGAUGCCAUUGAUACCCGAUUUCGACGGUUCAAAUGUCGAAACUUUCAUUAAUCAUAUACAAAUAGCCAUGAAACGACUGGCCGUGGAUCAACAUGAGCUAUUUUUCUGUGGAAUCGUCGCCCAGAAACUCACAUGUUUUCGAAAGCUUGAUAAUCAAAACUGGAUUUGUUCUUCCAGAAAACGAAUUAUAAAGCGAAUAAAUCAAUUCGAAGAAAUAGCGAAUGAUUUAGAAAAUGUAUUGUAUCUAGCAGGACUCAGAACAAAAACAAGAACUAAACGCGGUUUAUUUGACUUCAUAGGUGAAGUAAGUAAAACUCUAUUUGGAACUCUGUCCGAUUCCGAUGCGAACUAUUAUAACAGCGAAUUAGAUAAAUUAUAUACCGAUCAGAAAAAUGUUAUCCAGUACGUUAAAAAUCAAACUAGUAUCAUACUUAAAACUUUACAUACUAACGAAAAAAUUGUCGAUGUAACUUCAAACGCGAUAAGUCGCAUAAACGAUCAGUUUAACCGCCUCAGAAACUUGUCUCAGAUCAUUGAAGCAAAUAUUUGGAUAGAUGAAUCCUUAUUAGAUUUAGACGACGAAUUAAGAAAAUUAAUUGAUGAAAUUAGAAAAGCAGAAGAACUUAUUACUAACGGAAGACACGGAACUAUCAAGCCAUACGUUUUAUCACCCAGGGAUUUAUUCAACGCUUUGAGGCAACAUAAACAUGUAGAUAAUUUUCCCGUACCCUUAGAGGAGACGCAAUACAUUACUCUAAUAGAUAUAAGCGAAAUAUCGAUAGCAUUAACAGAAAAACGAUUGCUGAUUCAAUUGAUAAUUCCGUUAAUAGAAGACAAAUUCUUAGAACUAACUAAAGUAAUAUCCCUUCCUAGGCACGGAUGGUUAAAACAAUCCAUAGUAGACACCACUCAAAAACUUAUCCUAUUAGAUCCAUUUAGAACUACGUUUAUGCCUAUUAGCGAAUUAGAAUUAAGCUCCGCAAAGAAACUCGGAAAAUAUCAACUAUUAAAGCGGACAUAUCCCGAUUAUAAAAUGGGUAUAAAAGAUAAUUGUCUUACUGAAAUAAUUACAAAACGCGAUACAGAAAAAUGUACAACAAAGUAUAUGCAAAUUCAAAAUACAUUAUGGAUCCAACUUCAUACGAAUCAAGAUUGGAUAGGAAUUGCACCUAGAGAAGAAGCUUUGCAUAUACUCUGUUCCGAUAAAACACCUCGAAAUGUACGAGUAUACCAAAAUUUUAUACUUCACUUAGAACCAGAUUGUACAGCAAUUUCCGAAACUGCAACUUUGAAACCCGAAAACUUAUUUAAAGACGAAAUUGAAAUUCACAACACAAUUCAUUUAAUAGAUAAAAUAUCAAUCAAUAAAACGUUAGAGAAACAUCAACUGACUGACAUACCAAUGGACUUAAUAAGAGAAACUCAUAUUAAUCCAAAGCAUCUACAAACCUUAGGCAAAACAAUAGACGAAUUAGAUAAUUUAGCAGACCGAAUAUCACAGCAUAAAAGAACUAUCACUUGGAAGGAAACAUUCAUGCAUUAUCUCCAUUUGACCGGAUACAUAGCCCUUGGCUCUAUCCUUUUCAUGUUCCUCUAUAAGAUUGGACUAUUUUCAAAUAUAAUUAAUUUACUCAAGCAACUAUUCGGAAAUUGUUACAACCAAUGUAGCUUUGGAAAUCACGCUCCAACGCAACACGCCCAUUAUACCGCUUACUCUGCUCAACCCCCAAAUCUCGAGUUAAAAUCAGACGUAUUAAAACGUUUGAUUAACUAUAAAAUUUGA